CUUGAGGCUGCCAGGGAUCCCCCGCCAUUGCCAAUUCACCUUGCAGCAAGACCGGACGCGCGACCAUUUGGGUCUCCCCCCUGGACUUCGCAAAAGCCGAAUUGAUCCUGUCCUUUUUGCACCAGGCUUUCCAUCACGUCACAGAGCAAUAGCCGAAGCAAGUCUGAAGUUGCGAUCGGCUUACUGUCCUGGCAACGACUCCAGCCUGUGUCAAUCUUGGAAUCCCGCCUUUUCGCCACACCGACUUGCCUGUGCCCGUUUUGCUUUGCCCGCCCACCGCUCGAACGCAUAUCCAAGCAAAACCAAACCUCGACAGAACGGCCGAAUCCCCCUCCGAACUCGAACGACGUCCGCGAGCUGCGCCCCCCGGAGAGUCGGUGACUGGAAACUUCCUUGGAAGCGCAUGGCAUCGCUGUAGCGGCGCCGAGCUGCAGCAAAUCUUGACAUCCCACGGGGAGCUGAACCAUGACCACCGAGAGAAUCAAGGUCCCGCCCAAUGGGCUCGAACUCAAGAGUGUCUUGUCGCCAAUUACCCCGACGAUACCCACCACCCCGUUUGUGUCUGGCUUUACGCCGUUGGUGACGGUUGUUGGUUUCCAUCAUGCGCGGGGUCCAGAGGUCGAGAGCUGGUUUGGAGCCGAGGAGGGCGUUGACCCGGCCGCCAAGUAUGGAUGGACUCUGCUGCCGUUCAUGGCUCUGAGUGACGGAGCGCAUGCGUCGGAGGAGGACUUUUCCUACUUUACCCUGCUGCGGCCCGAGACCGACGACGGACCUGCAACGUCUUUGUUCGGCAUAUCAUGCACUCGCCAGCUCGAUUCCUCGCAGCUCAUCAACCGGCCUGCCGAUGUUACUCGCUCAACCGUGCAGAAAGCGGUUGUCGUCAUCGCAGAUAGCCCCCAGUUCUUUGGCAUGCUGAGGCAGCGUCUCAGCAUAGUCACCCAAGCAUGGUUUGCCCAACGCGAGUUUACAGACGUUGAUAUCCUGCGAGGGUUCCAGGACAGUCUCGCAGAUGAAAAGCGUCGCGGCCUUUUGCAAGAAGAGGCGCAGCGGGACCAGUACUUGGGCAUGAGUCUGCGCGAGCUGAUUCACGAGUUCAAAUGGCAGGCCCUGGUGCUACUCAAAUGCUGUCUUCUUCAGCCCAAGAUGCUCUUCUUCGGCUCGAGAUGCGAUCGGUUAUGCAUGGUCCAAUUUUCUCUCAUUUCACUGAUACCCGGACUCAUUCGUAACCUCCAAGAUUGCGCAGAUCCCGAGCUCAACAGCCACGAAAAGAAACUUGCACAGCCGACGAGUUUGCAGAGUAGUAAUCGCAACUCGCUUCUGACAUACAUGGGCCUCCCACUACAGAUAUUUGGCAAAGGAAGCAUAUUUGGCCCCUAUACUCCGUUACAGCAACUCGACCUGCUGGCCGAUGUCGGCACAAAAUCCUACCUUGUCGGCAGCACCAACUCUCUACUUCUCCAACAAAAGGACCGUUACAGCGACAUCAUUAUAAACCUCGAUGAUAACACCAUCAACAUCACGUCGCCUUCUCUGAGGCAGGCAUUGUCUUUGACUGCGGCGGACAGGAGAUGGAUCGACUUCUUGACCCAGGAGGUCAACGAUACCUGGGACGAGUCUAAUCCUAGCACGCCAAAGACGAUGAAAUACGUGGGAAGCGAAGAGUACAUUAGAGCCCAGUUUGAAGGCUACAUCAUUGGUCUGAUAUCAUCCGUCAAGUUCCACAACUAUCUCAUCAGCAGCUCCAAUGCUGGCCGCAACACAUCGGAGAGCGAUCCCGCCGUCGACUUUGGGCUUGAUUGGGUUGAGGCGUGGGCACGAACUGAAAACUACCGCAUGUGGGACUCACACACCGAUACGAACCUAUUUGCCGUCUCCGAGCCGAGACACCCCAUGGCUGGCGGCCUCUCCAUCGAGGACGUCCAGAGACGUAUAGCAGAGCAGGUAAAGGAGCUUCAUCUCGACGAACGCUUUGCACAGGGCCGUGACAUCCUUGGACGCAACUUUGCCGCUGGGCGGGAGAAGGCGUCGACAAUGCUCAACAGGCUGUACAACGACAUGGAGCAGAUGCGUGAGGCACAGCGCCGUCGUAAUGAAGAAACCGCUAGACUUACCGAAGGCAACGGCAGCAAAAGAAACAGCAUGAACGGUAUCAACGGGGACGCGAACAAACCACAAGAGACAGUAAGCAGCAGAGCCAGCGCCUACAUGGCAAGCUGGGCGUCUUGGGCCGGCGAGAAGCGCAAGAAUGGCGGAUGGGGCGCGGGCUGGGGCAAGAAGAAGGCCGACGAGACGGCGUCGAUGCCGACGAGCCCCAUCGAGAAGGACUACCAGUUCGUCAGCAUGCUGGCCUCGCGCGGCAACUCGACCGAGGCGUACCGGCCCAUGACGCAGGGGAGCUUUAGUGAGAGCAUUCUUUCUGCGGCGGACAGUGAUCGGCCUGGAACGGGGUCUUCGGGCGCUGAUGCCUCGGCUCCGUUGACGCAGUAUCCGAGGGAGUUUGAUGAUGGGUUUCAUGAGGAGACGCUGGUUGGCAAUGGCGGGACCAAAAGAGCUGAUUGAGCGGUAUCUGGGCUUUCACACAUGCAUGACAGUUUAAAGAGGAAUAUGAUUUGGACAAAUAGAGACGAAAGAAAAUAUGAGAUGUACAUGGGAUGGAAAUGAUGAAACACGGGAAACAGGACAUUGGAUGGAAAUUAAGAUGUGGUGCAAAACAGAAAAAUCAAGAAGAGCACACACAUACACACACACAAACAAGUACGAAGCAAUGUCAAAAUCAAGAUUAAAGAAGAACCAUAAGGGAGGCUUAUUUGCUUUGUAGUUUACGAAAGUACGGG